AUGUCUUCCCACUCUUACGAAGUCGCUCUCUUCGGAGAUUUCUUCGCGCAGGAUCUACCAGCGGUGUUGAACCGCAUCACCCUUCACAGCCAGUCAGCGCAUCAGAUGCAUGCGCGGGAGAUCGUGUUUGAGCCAUACGAUGCCCAAACUCAACGUGAAGCAGGACAAGAGCCCGUUGUGCUCAGGGGACGAAAGGAACUACUUGAACCGGACGCGAGAUGGCUGCUUUACUCCUAUCUCAAACCAGAAUCUGCCCGUGUACAUCCUGAGGCGACAGUAAGACCUUGGGCCACAUGCCAAGUAGUCGGGAAUGCCCUUAAUUUCGCGUCCGCGCUCGGGUACAUCCGUCGGUCCCAAAUUUACAAGCGAGGAUAUGUCUUCCGCCGCGGACCCCUGGUGAUCCAGAUGUUCCAGCAGGAGCAGGUGGACCUCAAGACACAUAAGCCUAUCCCAGCGCACGCCGAUACGUUGUGGGAAGUAGAGGUAAAGACUGCAGCACCUGUGCGAAAUACUCCCGAAACCCCACUCAGCAAAUACGUCGAUGCGGUGCUCGAGGUUCAACUCCUCAUGAAGGGUUUGCUAGAUCUCAGACGGCAAGAUGUUUGA